AUGUCCGGCAACGACGGCAAAACUCCCGUACUCAACUUCAUCACCUACGAACCCGGCUCCAAACCAACCAACAAGGAUCCCACCCUCCGAAGUCGUGUAAGAUCACACGUCACACGCCUACAGCAUCGUAAGGAGCGAGAGAAGAGAAAACUCGCCGGCAGCGCUGGCACGCUUCCGCUGCAGCUUCAGCAUCCCGACGAGCCCUCCGCAGAGCUCGAAGAUGCUUCGUCUACGGUAGGAGCAGUCGACUCCGAGACGUCGAGUCUGAAUAGCCCUGCGACUGCUGGUCCGUCGAGGAACUCCAGCAUCGGUACACACCAAUCCGCCGGCCAUGCAUCUCGGAACUCCAGCAUCAGCGCCCUCCGUUCCGCAGGGACGCAGACCGCCCAGCUCCCCAGACCAAGCGCCGCACAGCUCGUGCGAUCGGGUAAACUCGCUGGCAACGUCUCCCGACAGACCAUCACCUCCGACUCAAACGACCAGAUGGCCGCGUGCUCGCGAACCUAA